AUGGAUUGGAAGUUCCUCCAGGGUCUUCUCAGUGGAGUCAACAAGUACUCCACUGCCUUCGGACGGAUCUGGCUGUCGGUGGUCUUCGUCUUCCGGGUGCUGGUCUUCGUGGUGGCUGCCGAGCGGGUCUGGAGCGACGACCAGGGGCACUUUGACUGCAACACUCGCCAACCCGGAUGCACCAACAUCUGCUAUGACUACUUCUUCCCCAUCUCCCACAUACGUCUCUGGGCCCUUCAGCUCAUCUUUGUCACUUGCCCUUCCUUCAUGGUGGUGCUGCACGUGGCCUACCGAGAAGAACGGGAACGCAAGUACCAGGCCAAGCACGGAGAGAACACUCGGCUUUACGACAACCCGGGCCAGAAGCACGGCGGUCUGUGGUGGACGUAUCUGAUGAGCCUCUUCAUCAAAACUGCCUUCGAGAUCACUUUUCUCUACUUGCUCCACUACAUCUACGACAGCUUCAAGCUGCCCAGGAAGGUCCAGUGUGAUGUCAGUCCCUGUCCAAAUCUGGUGGACUGCUACAUAUCCCGACCCACUGAGAAGACCAUCUUCACCUACUUCAUGGUGGGGGCGUCUGUCGUGUGUGUGGUGCUCAACAUUUGUGAGAUUUUCUAUCUGAUUGCUUUACGGAUGGUGAAUCUCAGGCACAGAGGCAGCGUCCACACCUCGUCUAGAAAGAUCUACCCUGAUACGGACUUUGAUGGCAAGUCCUCUCUGAAAGAAUAG